UCCCUCUCUCUCUCCACACACGAGGAUGUCUACAGUCGAACGCGGAAGUCUCCACCCAGCAGCGUCGAACCUGUCGCCACAGACUCGAUCAUGACGGAGGAGCAGCAGCGGAGCGGAGUCGGAGGAGGAGGAGAAGCGGAGCGUCAGUGACAGAGAGGCGGUGAGAGAGAGAGCACACGAGGGGGGAAUCCAACCAGCAGCACCGCUCCACUGAACUGGACUUCAGACUGUCACAUGGCUUCACUGGGCAGCGCGGAGAGACGAGCCUUCGCCCUCAAAAUCAACAGGCACACCUCUGCAGAGAUCAGGAGACAGUAUGGGAACCAAGGCGUUCAUCACAGCCGGUCCAACUCCAACGCUUCGGCCUCAGUUUGCCUCACUGUGCCCCAGUCGUAUGACGCGGUGGAGCCCCUGGACCUGGAGGAGUUCCUGAUGUCACAGCUACGAAGUGGAGACUCUGACCUGAUGCAGGAACUUGGAGACUUCCCCGAGGAUGACCUGAAGGUGGAGCAGGUGGAGAAGGAGUGUCGCACCGUCAGAUACUCUGUUCCUGAAGAUGGAGUGGAGUUGGAGCCACACGUCAGAGACUGUGUGAAGAGUUACAUCCAGCCGUGGCUUGUGGUCUCUCGAAGGUGCCAGGGGGAUGGUUGGGGAGCGUACUCGGAGCGAGCUGGCCUUCACAAACUCCUUCGGAAACAGACCUUUGAGUCCGAUGUGCAGCCUGAAGACCAACAGAAACCGGUCAAGUCUCCGACUCUGGCCGGGCUGAGUGAUGACUCUGGCCGCACGCUGACCUCCUCGGACUUCAACUUGCGGUGUUUGACUCCCGACCAGAGGGUGGAGGGUCUGCUGGCCUACAGCAGCCACGAGGAGCUGGACCGCUUCAACCAGGAGUCGCGGCAGGGGAACAGACACCCUGAACUGUUUGCACUGUACCCGCCAGCUGAUGAGGAAGAUGCAGUGGAGAUCCGGCCCAUUCCAGACUGCCCCAAGGAACACACUGGAGACCGCAUCCUGGUUCGAUGCCAUGCCAUCAAGUUCGAGAUCGACAUUGAGCCUGUAUUUGCCACAAUGGCCCUGUAUGACCUGAAAGAGAAGAGAAAGAUAUCAGAGAACUUCUACUGUGACCUGAACUCAGAACAUUUGAAGAACUUCUUGAAACUUCACACGCCACAUGUGGAUCACUCCACCCUGGCCAGAUCUGCCAUCUUCUCCAUCACCUACCCCGCCCCAGAUAUCUACCUGGUCAUCAAGAUCGAGAAGGUUCUGCAGCAGGGCGAGAUCAGCCAGUGUGCUGACCCGUACACGACUUUGAAGGAGUGUGACUCUGCAAAGAACAAGGACAAGCUUGAGAAGCUGCGAGGCCACUCGGAGUCUUUCUGCCAGAAGCUGGGUCGCUACCGGAUGCCUUUUGCUUGGGCGACCGUGAAUGUCAUGGACUAUAUCUCCACUAACGCCUUAGACCGCGACGUCACAGACUCCGAUAGCCUGAGAGUCAAGUCGAGCAGCUUCGACCGGAAAGGGCAGCUUCCCAGGAGGAACUCUGAGCGCUACAGCACCAUCGAGGAUCAAUCCUGCAACGUUUCUGCCUUCAAACCUGUGACCAUCACUAUCAGCACCAUCUUCAAACAGGAGGGGGAUCGCUUGGGUGAUGAGGACUUGCUCAAGUUCCUGUCUGAUAUCAAGAAGAACUCCACUUCACAGAGAAGAAUCAAGACGAUUCCAGGUUCCAUUAAACUGGACAUGUCUCCAGUGCACGACACGCCUCUUGCAUGUUUGUCCCCCGAGCUCAUCCCUCUCAUACCAGUGUCUGAGAAAAACAUUCGUCCAGUCAAGGAGGUGCUGGAGUUCCCAUCCAGCGAGGUUUUUGUCCCGCACAACAUUUACAGGAACCUGCUCUUUGUCUACCCGCAGAGGCUCAACUUUGUGAACAGACUGACAUCAGCCAGAAACAUCACUGUCAAAAUCCAGUUCAUGAGCGAAGAGGACCCGGCCUCUUCUCUGCCUGUGAUUUUUGGCAAAUCAACUGGCCCUGAAUUCUUGGAGGAAGUCUACACACCUGUUACCUACCAUAACAAGUCCCCCGACUUCUAUGAGGAAGUGAAGCUGGUUCUUCCAGCACGUCUGACGCAGAGACAUCACCUGCUGUUCACCUUCUACCACAUCAGCUGCCAGCAGAAACAGAACCAGAGCGGCAGCUGUGAGACACUCAUUGGAUACUCUUGGCUGCCCAUACUGAAUAAUGACCGGCUGCAGAACGGUCAGUUCUGUCUGCCCAUCGUCUUGGAACGACUACCUGUCAACUACUCUCUGCACACGCCUGAGAAACUUCCUCCUCAGGCUCCUCCAGUCAAGUGGAUGGAAAGUCACAAAGGGCUUUUCAACCUGGAGAUCCAGGCCGUGUCGUCUGUACACACACAGGACAACCAUCUGGAGCGUUUCUUCACCCUCUGCCAUGCCCUGGAGGGCGGAGCUACAUUCCCUCUGCGGGUCAGGGAGGAGAAAAUUCCAGAGAACAAGCUGGAGCAUGAGCUGAAGCUCAGCAUCAUCUCCCUGUCCUCCUCCAGACUAGAGCCGCUGGUCCUCUUUCUCCACCUGGUGCUGGAUAAACUCUUCACACUCAUCAUGCAGCCCAUGGUCAUCGCAGGCCAGACUGCCAAUCUGGCCCAGAUAGCCUUCGAAUCAGUGGUGUCCAUCGUCAACAGUCUUCAUAACAGCCAGGAGCUGAUCCGGGACCAGCAGGGCAGGAACAGCCUCUUGGCGACCUACCUUUACUGGGUGUUUUGUCUGCCUGAUCCCCCUCGAGAAGUGCAGAAUACAGUUACAGGGAGUACGAUGGCUCCUGCAGAGAGCCGUUACAGCACCAUGGGUCGGGCCACAGCAGUCACAGUGGGCAACAUGCUUCUCCAGUCCAGAAUCCGCAGCAGCAGCAACCCCGACAUCCCGGCUCCGCACAUGUCUGCUGAAGAUGCUGAGAUCAAAAGCAUCUUCUCCGCCAAGGGUAGCAACAACCCAGGCUGCCGUAUGUCCACCUACUCAGAUGUAAACAACCACGUGAACACAGCAGGAGGCACCAGGCCCUCCAACAGGAAGCAGUUUCAUGAGGAGCUCGCCCUGCAGAUGGUCGUCAGCACGGGCGUCUGCAGAGAGAACGCGUACAAAUAUGCCUGGUUCUUCUUCGAGCUGCUGGUGAAAAGCAUGGCCCAGCACGUGUCUCAGCUGGACAAGCAGAACGUCCCUCGAAGAAAUCGCUUCUCCGACCGGUUUAAAGAUGACAUCACCACCAUCGCCUCCGUGGUUACAGCUGAGAUUGGCACCAUCCUCGUCAAACAGCAGAAGGAGGUAGAGCAAGCGGAGAAAGUCAACAUCAGCCUGGCCUUCUUCCUCUAUGACCUCCUGUCCCUCAUGGACCGAGGAUUUAUUUUCCAGCUGGUGAAAAACUACUGCAACCAGAUGUCGGCUAAAAGUGUUUCAAUGCCGACAUUGAUCACCAUGCGUCUGGAGUUCCUGCGAAUCCUGUGCAGCCACGAGCACUACCUCAACCUGAGCCUCUUCUUCAGCAGCCCAACCUCUGCCCCCGCCUCACCAUGUCCAUCCAUCUCCUCACAGAGCUCCGGCUCGUGUAGCUUCCAGGAGCAGCAGAGGAUCUUGGGGCUGUUUGAGCUUUCUCAGGAUUUCAAGCAGCAGCAUUACCUCGCGGGUCUGCUGCUGACGGAGCUCAGUGCCGCCUUAGACAUGGAGUCAGAGGGGGGAAAGGUCCAGAGAAAAGCCAUCAAUGCCAUCUAUAGUCUGCUGUGUUCUCAUGAUCUCGACCAUCGUUGUAUUAAACCUGAGGUCAGAGCCAAGGUGGCCGCUCUCUACCUCCCCCUGGUGGGGAUUAUCAUAGACUCCACCAAUUAUCUGGACUUCACUGUUUCUGAGACUCGAGGCGGGAAAAACAAGAUGGGCAUAUCUGACGACGACCUUGAAAAUGUGCCACCCAUCAAUCAGUCUGUUGCCAUGGCGAUCGCUGGGAACCCAUUCAACACGCUGGGCCGGAAUGUUCUCGUCUCCAUGGCGUCCAUGCAAGGUAAAUCCGUAGCCACCCUGGCGGCGGACACCAGCCGCCACCUGUUGGUGUGUUUCCUGUGGGUGAUAAAGAACGCAGACCGGAUUCUAAUUCAGCGCUGGACUGUGGACAUGCCUCCGUCACAGCUCAACAAGCUGCUGGAGCUCCUCACCAUCUGUGUGUCCUGCUUCGAGUACAGGGGGAAGCAGAGCACUGACAAAGUGAGCACCCAGGCCUUACAGAAGUCCCAGCAGGCCAAGCUGCAGCUGGAAGAAGCCCUGCUGAGAGGAAUGGGAGCCCGCGGGGAAAUGAUGAAACGAGUUGGAGGAAUGGACAGGACCAUGGGACAGAGAGAGAACCUGCGCUGGAGGAAAGACCUCACCCAGUGGAGACAGACCAAUGACAAACAGGACAAGACUAAAGCAGAGCUGGACCAGGAGGCUCUGAUCAGUGGGAACCUGGCCACAGAGACAAACCUCAUCGUACUGGACCUGCUGGAGACCAUCGUACAGGCGGUGCCAUUGGCUGACUGUAAGGACAGCGUGGUCGGCGGAGUGUUGAAAGUGUUACUUCACUCUCUGACGUGCAACCAGAGCUCCACUUUCCUCUGUCACACGUUCAGCACGCUCAGAGGGCUCGUUGUCAAGUUUGGGGACCUGUUGUUUGAGGAGGAGGCGGAGCAGUGUGCAGACCUGUGCCAGAAGGUGCUUCAGUACUGCAGCAGCCCUGUUGAUGAGAACAGGAGCCAGGCCUGUGCCACGCUCUAUCUCAUCAUGAGAUACAGCUACAGCAAUGCCAGUAACUUCUCAAGAGUGAAGAUGCAGGUCACCAUGUCUCUGGCCUCGCUGGUGGGCAAGUCCUCAGACUUCCAGGAGGAAAACUUACGAUGCUCGCUCCGCACCAUCCUGGCCUACGCAGAGGAGGACACGGAGAUGCAGAGCACUCAGUUGCCCUCACAGGUAGACGAGCUGCUCAGGAACCUUAACAGUAUUCUAUCAGACACAGUGAAAAUGAGGGAGUUCCAGGAGGACCCGGAGAUGCUCAUGGACCUCAUGUACAGGAUAGCGAAGGGCUAUCAGACAUCUCCUGACCUGCGUCUGACCUGGCUGCAGAACAUGGCAGAGAAGCACAACAACAGGAAGUGUUACACCGAGUCGGCCAUGUGUCUGGUGCACGCUGCCGCCCUGGUGGCCGAGUACCUCAGCAUGCUGGAGGAUCACAAGUACCUGCCUGUUGGGAGUGUCACCUUCCAGGCGGCCGAGCUCUUCAGCAAUGGCUGUCUCUACGAGGCUGUGAAUGAAGUCUACAAGGUCAUCCUGCCUGUCUUAGAGGCUCACCGAGAUUUCAGGAAACUGGCAUCCACUCAUGACAAACUACAGAGAGCCUUUGACAACAUCAUUAAAAAGGGCCAUAAGAGGAUGUUUGGAACCUAUUUCCGGGUGGGUUUUUAUGGGGCCAAGUUUGGUGACCUGGACGAGCGAGAAUUCAUUUACAAGGAGCCAGCGAUCACACAUCUGCCUGAGAUAUCACACAGGCUGGAGAACUUCUACAGUCAGUGUUUUGGAGAAGAGACGUUGCAGAUGAUCAAGGACUCGACGCCAGUGGACAGAAAACAACUGAACCCCAGCAAGGCAUACAUCCAGAUCACUUACGUGGAGCCCUACUUUGAUGACUACGAGAUGAAAGACCGGCUGACAAACUUCGAGAAGAACUUCAACCUGCGGCGCUUCAUGUACACCACGCCCUUCACCAAGAGCGGGAGGCCGCGGGGCGAGCUGAACGAGCAGUACAAGAGGAAAACCCUCCUCACCACCAUGCACGCCUUCCCUUACGUCAAGACCCGCAUCAACGUCAUCCAGAAAGAGGAGUUUGACCUGACUCCGAUCGAGGUGGCCAUAGAGGACAUGCAGAAGAAGACCAGAGAGCUGGCAGUCGCCACCCACAGGGAGCAGCCUGACGCCAAGAUGCUGCAGAUGCUGCUGCAAGGCUCGGUGGGAGCCACUGUCAACCAGGGCCCGCUGGAGGUGGCCCAGGUCUUCCUGAAUGAGAUCCCAGCGGACCCCAAGCUCUUCCGUCACCACAAUAAACUGCGCCUGUGUUUCAAAGAGUUUAUAAUGAGGUGUGGCGAGGCAGUGGAGAAGAAUAAGCACCUGAUCACGUUUGACCAGAAGGAAUACCAGCAGGAGCUGAAGAAGAACUACAACCGCCUGAGAGAGAACCUGAGGCCGAUGCUGGAGAGGAAAAUUCCCGAGCUCUACAAGCCCAUCAUCAGGCCUCGGCUGGAGAACAGGGAUUCCUUCAAACGUCUAAGUUUUCGCAGAAAUCCGGAAGAGAACUCCUGAGACGCUGUGGCUCAUCUGGGAGCGGAGGGUGAGACUGUCACACAGCCCAGAGAGGAAAAGAGAAGACGAGAUGAAAGGAACUGCCGCUGAUACCGUAGCACUCCUUUUGUGUGGGAGCAGCACAUUGUGUCCAACAACGAUCCAGCAGUGUGUGUGUUUGUGUGCUGCCACGUUUGUCCACGGUUUUGAUUUCAUGGCUGUUUGUUACGAGAGGUUAAAGGAGAGUGAGCACACAGAAAAGAAAAACAGAUUGGUUGGACUCUCAAGCAAAGUGUAGCUUAUUGAGCACUCACUGUAAAAUCAUCAGACACUUUCGCUCUGUUGAUUUCCUUUUUUUAUAUAUAUAUAUAUAUAUAUAUAAAGAUAACUGCAAGUCCUAAUAAUGCUGCAAACAUUUCCUCUAGUAGAGACGCAGACUGGAGUUCCUCACCGAGGUCCUUGCUGGCCCAGGGCCUGUAUGUGUGCCAGUAAUGAUCCUGUCCUGUGUUUGUAUGUGUAUGUAAAUGUAUGGAUGGAUGGACGUGUGUUUGUUUAGAUCAUGUUUGGAGUAGGAGAUUUUAGUGCCAUACUGAGGUCACUUUGUACUCGGUGAUGAUAAAUGAUUUUGUCAUGUGCUAAAGGGCCGCUGAAAUCCCAUUCUGUGCCAGGUUAGAGUAGCAAGGGUAUGGAUGGAUUUCUGCACAAUAGAAAAAGUCGAUACGAUUGCCUGUGGUAGCUCUCGAGGCCAUUCUGGUCCUGUUGUCGGACAUACAGAACCUGAUCAUGUAGCUUAACUUAUGAAGAGUGAUGUAAUGUAACUUCACAGGACGCAAAUAGAGGCUCUUAAUUACUCAUACCUUCUCUUUAAAACCCACGCUUUGUAUAUAGUAGAGGUAUUAUUCCAUGAGAUGUUUACAAAGGUAUGAAAAACUAUUUUGCAUUUUAUUUGAUGGAAUAUGUAUUUUUUAGAUAAAUAACAGCAAUAAUGAUACUACUUGGAAAUAGCAUUCAGUAAGUAGGACUCCGUGAGUGGACUUUUACAACCUCAGUGUAUGUUCCUAUAGUUUUAGCACCUGUUUGUAGAUAGACCACUCCAACUAUACACGCAGUGCCAAAUCAAAUUAUUUUCUUAUUUGCUUAGGAACUGAGAUCCUUAAACCAGGACUGCAAUAAUUUGAAAAAGUCACUCCACUGCUUGGCAAUGUGAAUCGUGUUAACUCUGUGUCUGAAUACAUUCCAGAAGAGAAAUGUAUACUACUGCUUCGGAGUAUUAAAAAAAAGUGACAACCUGAUUUUAAUUUGACAACCAUGAAACGGCUCAUUUCAUCCGUGUUAUGUUGCAGCUCAUUACUGUUUUUCAGAAGUGCACAUGUGCUUUCAAAAGUGGGUAUACAUUUUAAUUCCUAUAAAUUAUGAAUACUCUUUUGAAAACAUCUUUGCUCUGUUUCUAGUUACAUCUAUUAUUUAUGAACCGUCAAAUGAUUUUUUUUUAGAAUCGUUAAUUACUAUGAAAAACGUAUUAAUCCAAAUGUAUACCUAUUUUUGAAAAGUGCAGGAUAUUUUGAGACCUGGUGUUAUAAACAUAUUUUGGUGGCAUUCAGCCACAGGAGACUGCAUUUAUGUUUCUUUGAGUUCUUUGUUUGUUAAUAUCUGUUCUGUUUUAUUAAAUGUGGAAUUUAAACUUGUCAUUCAUACAAUGCUGUUGAAGCACCGGAAUAAAACUUAAUAUAUAAACAUAA